GUAUAAUUAAACAUCGCAUUUUGCCAGAGACGCACCUUUGAACGCACUUUCAAAAACCAUCGCAUUUUCACUUCAUCUGUCAUUCGGUGCUGUCUCCAUUUAUUUUUGUUUUCAAACUCGAUCUGCCACCAAACAUAGUGGUAUUUUUGGAUAUUAGAUUGGAAAACACCCAGAUGUCGACCGAAGACUUCUACCUUCGUUAUUACGUUGGACAUAAGGGCAAGUUCGGCCAUGAGUUUCUGGAAUUCGAAUUUCGUCCGGACGGCAAAUUGCGGUACGCAAACAAUUCCAACUACAAGAAUGACACCAUGAUCCGAAAGGAAGCUUACGUCCACCAUUCAGUGAUGGAAGAAUUGAAGCGAGUAAUUUUGGAUUCAGAAAUCAUGGCUGAAGAUGAUUCAUUGUGGCCGCCACCGGAUCGUGUGGGCAGACAAGAAUUGGAGAUUGUCAUUGGCGAUGAGCAUAUAUCAUUCACAACAUCAAAGACCGGAUCACUGGUCGAUGUGAACCAGUCCAAGGAUUCGGAAGGACUGCGUUCUUUCUACUAUUUGGUUCAAGAUCUCAAAUGUUUGGUAUUUUCGUUAAUCGGAUUACAUUUCAAAAUCAAGCCGAUCUAAGUUCCAUUGGUUAGCACGGUUACGUAAACAAUCUGUAAUUGACAAACGAGAAUAUACGCUCUUGAGCGAUGCUAAAAACAAU